UGAGGGGUGUCCGUGCAGUGAGAGCUGUGGACCAAGUGGGCGCCUUCAGCAGAACCACUUUCUCCUGGAGCUUAACUCCCUUCCCGAGGCCGAGUUUAUAUUAAAGAUCGGGGAGUGUGCGAGACGGAGGCUCUUCCUUAAAUUUCAGAUGAAAUAAAUUCUCGCCUAAAUUAUUUUCCCUGUUCUGAAUCUCAAACAGCUGACAGGUUAACUAGAAAAUGGAUUCUGCAUCUCAUGGGAAAAAAUUGGUGGCACCCACUGUAUCUCAGAUAAAUGCUGAGUAUGUUACUCAGCUAUCAAAUAGGUAUUGGGCACCUCACGUGAAGAAGAAAAUGACAUUUGAAUCUAAGGUCAUUGAAGAUGUGUAUCAGAAAGAGAUUGUAAAGACAAAAUUUGCAAUUAGAAAAAUUAUGCUGCUUGAAUUCAGCCAGUAUCUGGAGAAUUAUCUCUGGCCAAACUAUUCCUCUGAAGUAUCCAGCAAAGCUUACCUGAUGUCGAUUUGCUGUAUGGUGAAUGAAAAAUUUCGAGAAAAUGUUCCUGCUUGGGAGACCUUUACGCAGAAGCCCGAACAUUUUCCCUAUUUUUUCAAAUGUAUUUUAACUGCAUCUCUUGCUGAAGAAAAUAAAGAUCUUACAUUGCGAGAACAAACUGUCCUCUUGGUGUUUCUUGAUCACUGUUUCAACAGCUUGGAAGUGGACCUAAUUCGAGAACAGGUGCAGCGACUUAUCUCUCUCCCGAUGUGGAUGUGUCUACUUUCUUCACGACUUGAACAUGAACUGAAAAAAACACCAAAGCUGAGGAAAUUCUGGAAUCUACUUAAAAAAAAGGAGGAGAAAAUGGAUGAAAAAUCUGCCGAACAGGCAAAUCAAGAGAAGAGAUUUCUUUCUUAUCUCAUUGGCAAAUUUCUUGGCGUAUUAAAAAGCAUUCCUCUUUCAGGGCCCGUCAGCAUGGAUAUGGUUCAUUAUUGUGAAAGAUUUAUCGAAUUAAUGAUAGACUUGGAGGCACUCCUUCCAACCCGACGAUGGUUCAGCACUGUUUUGGAUGAUUCUCAUUUAGUCACUCACUGCCACCUAUCUAAUCUGGUCCAGAGAGAGAAGGAGGGCCGACUUUUUUGCCAGCUGUUAGAAAUGUUGAAGUUCUACACAGGUUUUGAAAUUAAUGAUCAGACUGGAAAUGCUUUGACUGAAAAUGAGAUGACUACAAUCCAUUAUGAUCGGAUCACUUCUCUUCAGAGGGCAGCAUUUGCUCACUUUCCAGAACUACACGAUUUUGCUCUGUCUAAUGUCGCAGCUGUUGAUACACGAGAAUCUUUAGUAAAACACUUUGGAUCACUUGGUCCCAAUACACUUCACAAAGUGGCAUCGAAUCUUUGUCUUUUGCCGUUGCUACCUGAGGCAGAGAAUACCUGUUAUGAAAAAGAAUUUCUUUUAGAAAUGUUGGUGUCCCGACAUGAACGCCGGACAUCCCAAAUUCAACAAUUAAAUGAGAUGCCACUUUACCCCACAGAAAAAAUAAUCUGGGAUGAAAACAUUGUACCAACAGAAUAUUACUCUGGAGAAGGAUGCCUUGCGUUACCUAAACUGAAUUUACAGUUUUUGACACUUCAUGAUUACUUACUCAGGAAUUUUAAUCUCUUUCGUCUUGAGUCCACAUAUGAGAUUAGACAGGAUGUGGAGGAUGCGAUCAGUAGACUUAAGCCAUGGCAGGGGGAGUAUGGAGGAGUUGUAUUUGGUGGCUGGGCUCGAAUGGCUCAGCCUAUUGUGACUUUCUCCAUUGUUGAAGUAGCAAAACCCAACAUUGGUGAGAACUGGCCCGCAAGAGUCCGUGCAGAUGUGACCAUCAACCUAAACGUUCGCUCUCAGAUCAGAGACGAAUGGGAAGCACUUCGCAAGCAUGAUGUGUGCUUCCUCAUAACUGUUCGACCAGUAUUGACUUAUGGCACAAAGUUUGAUCGCAAGCAGCCAUUUGCAGAGCAGUACGGGCUCGUGUUUGUACGAGGAUGUGAAAUUCAAGGAAUGCUGGAUGAGAAAGGACGGGUCAUUGAAGAAGGUCCUGAGCCUAAACCAAAGCUGAAGGGAGAUUCACGAACCUAUCGAGUAUGGUUGGAUCCCAACCAGUAUCAGCAGGACAUGAGCUUUUCUGUUCAGAAUGGAGCGGAAGAUGUCUAUGAGACCUUCAAUAUUAUCAUGAGAAGAAAACCUAAGGAAAAUAAUUUUAAGGCAGUGCUUGAGACCAUCCGCAAUUUAAUGAAUACAGAGUGUGUAGUCCCUGACUGGCUUCAUGAUAUAAUCCUUGGAUAUGGAGACCCUGGAAGUGCUCAAUAUUCGAAGAUGCCAAAUCAGAUUUCCACACUGGAUUUUAAUGAUACCUUUCUGUCUAUUGAGCACUUGAAAGCUGGUUUUCCUGGGUGUUCUAUUAAAACAACAGUUGAGAACUCUACUCUGCAAAAGCCUCCAUUUAGGAUCACCUUCCCCGUGCAGCUUGGAAAAGGGAAAAAACGAAAAGGGGAGAAUGAUGAUGGAGAGAAGGAAGAAACUCCAACUUUAAUUAUUGAACCUCAUGUGAUUCCAAACCGAGGACCUUACCCAUAUAACCAGCCAAAGAGAAACACAAUUCAAUUCACACCAACACAGAUAGAAGCAAUCCGGGCUGGUAUGCAGCCAGGGCUAACAAUGGUAGUAGGCCCACCAGGUACAGGGAAAACUGAUGUGGCUGUGCAGAUAAUUUCUAACCUGUAUCAUAACUUUCCAGAGCAGCGGACUCUCAUUGUGACACAUUCCAACCAGGCAUUGAAUCAGCUGUUUGAGAAGAUCAUGUCUCUGGACAUUGAUGAGCGUCACCUUCUACGUCUGGGUCACGGAGAGGAAGAGUUGGAGACUGAAAAGGAUUUUAGCAGAUAUGGUCGGGUAAAUUACGUGUUGGCUCGACGACUUGAAUUAUUGCGUGAAGUGGGACGAUUGCAGGAGAGUCUCGGAGUCCCUGGGGACGUGUCAUAUACUUGUGAAACAGCCGGGCAUUUUUACCUGUAUCAGGUGAUGUCACGCUGGGAAGAGUAUCUCAGUAAAGUAAAGACCAAAAGUGGAAAGUCUGGUGAUGUUACAACAGUGUCUGAGCAUUUUCCAUUCCAUAAAUACUUCGCAAAUGCACCCCAGCCUAUUUUUAAAAGUCAGUCAUAUGAAGAAGAUAUGGAAAUAGCUGAAGGUUGUUUCAGACACAUCAAAAAAAUAUUUACACAGCUGGAGGAGUUUCGAGCUUUUGAACUGCUGCGCAGUGGGCUGGACAGAUCAAAAUAUUUACUAGUGAAAGAAGCAAAGAUCAUUGCCAUGACAUGUACUCAUGCUGCUUUAAAACGACAUGACCUAGUAGAGCUUGGGUUCAAGUAUGACAACAUUCUAAUGGAGGAAGCUGCACAGAUUCUUGAGAUUGAAACCUUUAUUCCCCUCCUCCUACAAAAUCCUGAAGAUGGUUUCAGUCGACUGAAGCGUUGGAUAAUGAUCGGGGAUCAUCACCAGCUUCCCCCUGUCAUUAAGAACAUGGCCUUCCAAAAAUAUUCCAACAUGGAGCAGUCUCUAUUUACACGAUUUGUUCGUUUGGGAGUUCCAACAGUGGACCUUGAUGCCCAGGGGAGAGCAAGAGCUAGUUUGUGCAAUCUCUACAACUGGCGUUACAAGAAACUCGGCAACCUCCCCCACGUCCAGAUCUUACCUGAAUUUUGUACUGCUAAUGCCGGUUUAGCAUAUGAUUUCCAACUUAUUAAUGUGGAGGAUUUCAAUGGAAUUGGAGAAUCUGAACCCAAUCCAUAUUUUUACCAGAAUCUGGCAGAGGCUGAAUACGCAGUGGCCCUUUUUAUGUACAUGCGUUUGCUAGGGUACCCUGCAGAAAGAAUCAGCAUCUUAACAACAUACAAUGGUCAGAAGCAUUUGAUUCGUGAUGUUAUCAAUCAACGUUGUGGUGGUAAUCCUCUUAUAGGACGACCAAGCAAGGUCACCACAGUGGACAGAUUCCAAGGGCAACAGAAUGACUAUAUUAUUCUCUCUUUGGUACGGACUAAAGCUGUUGGACAUCUCAGAGAUGUUCGGCGAUUAGUUGUUGCCAUGUCAAGAGCCAGGCUUGGGCUGUACAUCUUUGCAAGAGUAUCACUGUUUCAGAACUGCUUUGAGCUUACUCCAGCCUUUAAUCAGCUCACUGCUCGACCACUCCAGCUACACAUUGUGCCCUCGGAGUAUCACCCGACAGACAGAAGGAAUGGUGAUAUUCCAACCCAUUUAAUGAGAAUUAUCAAAAACAUGCCUGAGAUGGCAAACUUCGUUUACAAUAUGUACAUGCAGAUGAUUCAAAAUAUGCACCAAUAUAGAAAGGAUGAAGGCAUCACUAGCAAGGCCAGCAUUUACUGCCCAUUCCUAAUUGGCCAAAGCAGUUACUUCCACCACCAGAACCGGUUCCUGUGCCAGAUAUUGAGAAUGUCAAAGAAACGAAAGAGUCAGUUCCUGAGAAUAAAGAUGAAGAGACAACAGAGGAGGACUAUAACCAAAUGCCUGAGCACCCUGGCAGGGACAGUGAUAGUGAGGGCAGUGGAACUGAAGAGGACAAAGAAAGUUAAUGGUUGCUUGCUCCAAAAAUUGUAAAGGUUUGAAUGCACAGAUGUAUAGAAGUUGGACAUCUCAGAGUGUCACUUGCCAGAUUCUUUGUGUAGGACAUUGACCAGUAUUCACAAGUGUUGUCGCGUGGCCUGCAGAAAAUAGUUUUGAUUGUAAUUGAGGGUUUGAACAAUCUAUUUUGUAAUUUUCAAAGAUGUUUUAAUA